AUGAGUUACGCAAGCAGAUCGAAGAAGUCCUACAACGGAUUCAGGACAACGGACUCAGACCUCGCCAGGAAAAAUGUGAGUUUUUUGACUUCAGUAAAGUAUCUGGGUUUUAUCUUUGACGCCACUGGCCAACAUCCGGACCCUGAGAAUAUCCAUGCUAUUCAACAAAUCCCGUCUCCCAAAGAUGUUCCCUCAUUGCGCUCCUUCUUGGAACUAAUCAGCUAUUACUCGGCUUUUCUACCGUCGAUGAACAAUGUCCGACCACCUCUAAAUCACAUGCUUGGAAAGGACGUACCUUGGGUUUGGUCGGACGACUGCGAGACGGCUUUCUGUCAACUCAAAUCAAUGCUCAGUUCGGACCUGCUGCUUACCCAUUAUAAGCCACGCCUACCAAUUGUUGUUGCAGCUGACGCCUCCGCCAAGGGCAUCGGAGCCGUCAUCGUCCACGUCUUCCCUGACGGCACAGAAAAAGCCAUAAUGCACGCAUCCAGGUCGCUGACAGCGACAGAACAGCGCUACGGAAAGAUUGAGAAAGAAGCUCUCGCUUUGGUUUUCGCUGUCCGCCGUUUCCACAAAUUCAUUUAUGGUCGACGAUCUACACUGCUGACAUAA